ACCGUUUUGAGUCACUGGCUUGAACUGGCGUGUGUGAUACACCAACCGGCUUCUAACUGUUUUUUCGGAUUUUCAUUUGUUAUUAAUAAAUUAUUUAUAAGUUUAAUUUAUUAUUACAAUAAGAUAUAAGUGAAACACUUUAUUUAACGGUAUUAUUUGUUUUAUAAGUGAUAUGUGGAUAAUAAAUUUAUUGAUUACGUAACGUGUGUGUAUAUUUGUGAUAUAUGUAAUAUUGAUUACAUUUUACUGAUAGUCUAUAGCAAAAACAUUAUUUCGAGUAUUUAUUUAUAUUUUGUUGUUGUAAAAAAAAAAAAUAAAUUAUUGUUUUUAAAGGCAUUCUAUUAUUAAUAAAUGAAAUGCUUUAUUACUACUACUACUACUAUUAUUAUUAUUAUUAUUAUUAUUAUUGUUAUUAUUAUUUUAAGUAACAUUGUGAAUAUAAUAAUGGAUCAAUAAGUGGGAAUAUUAUGAAAUAAAUGUAAAUAAUUUUUUUGUGGUGUAGUUGAACUGUAAAAUUAAAACUCAUAAAUGAAUAAACUUCUCGAUCGAUGUGAUAUAUAUUUUGUUUUUAAUAACAAAAAAUUAUAGUAUUAAAUAAUAAGUAGGGUUAGUAAUAUAAGUAUAACAACAUAUAUGAUAACGCGGUAAAAUUUGGAGCGACGGUAAACGCAACUUGAAUGCACCUAUAUGACUCUUGUAAACGUGGAUAUAUAUCACCAGCCGGCGGGAUUAUUCGGAGUGAGCAUGUGCACAACCGAAAUGACCGAAGGCUACAGCAUGUCACCAUCAACAGCUUCCUCAAGUGGUGGUACUAAUGCUGGAUGCCUUGGAUCACCAAUUAACAGAAUUACAACAACUUUAACAAAUUCACCAGGUAGAGCACGAGAACCUCGUGAUGAUGUUGAUGACGAGGAUGAAAUAUCUGUUGGUUGUCCGAGUCCAAUGCCCUUGGUGAUGUCCGCUGGGACACCAAUUAAAGAUGAACAAAAUGAACGAUUGUCACCUACUUCUGAGGAACAAAAGUUUACUAUCGCCAAUGAAAGAUUAUCAACGUCUAGGAGUAGUUAUAUUGAGGACGAUGAGAGGUAUUUAAAAAAAGAGGAUGAAUACAGUGCAACUAAUAGAGUACUCGACAGAAGGAUAUCAUCGUCCUCGAGGCGAACAAGUUUCAAAGAAGAAGAGGACGGUGAUAAUAAUGGGGAGAGAUUGGAAAAUUCACCCGCCGAUGACUAUUUUAAACCAUUAAAAAAACUUAAAAUGGUACAGCCUAUACAACCGUCUGAUGAUGAUGAGGAGGAACGAGAUACUAAUGAACACGGUGUUAAAUCUUUCAGUAUUAUUGACAUACUGUCACAUCGGCCAAAAGCUAAAAUAGUCAGACCUUGGGAUUCUACUGAAUCAUCAAAUAACCACCAUAGAAAUCAACAGUUACAAGAACAUCAACAACAGCAACAACAACAACAACAACAACAUCACCAUCAACAGCCACAACAUCUUCAUCAUCAUCAUCAUCAUCAUCAUGCAUUGGCUCAUUCUUCACCUAGAGAUUUAUCAUUGAUGACCAUGUCCCUUGCUUCCAUGUCGAGUUCAAUGAGUGAACCACCUUUAAGUAGUUCAUCCUCAUCGGGAAGAAGUUCUGUUUCUGAUUCAGGCAGUCCUGAUCCCCAUGCUCAUCAUCAUCAUCACCAUCAUCAUCACCAGCACCAGCACCAGCAUCAUUCAUCGAUGCAUCAUGGUCUACAUCAUCCAGGUAUUCAUCAUCCUGGAAUGCAGCAUCAGCUCAAAAGAAAAUCCAGUCAUCAACAGCAGCAACAUCAACAACCAAGUCAGAGUGGACAUCAUGGAAAACGUAAUACUGGUCAGGGUAGCCCACUGGACGCGCUCUUCCAAAUGACAAGCAAAACUUUUGACGCGGGUGAACAUAGCCAAGAGCAAGCAAAUCAUUUAAAUCUGUUCAAUAAUCGUCAGCAGCCGAAAAAGAAACGUAAAAGUCGGACUGCCUUUACAAAUCAACAGAUAUUUGAACUGGAAAAACGUUUUCUCUAUCAAAAGUAUUUGAGUCCGGCAGAUCGAGAUGAGAUUGCUGCUCAAUUGGGUUUAAGUAAUGCACAGGUGAUAACGUGGUUCCAAAACAGAAGAGCAAAGCUCAAAAGAGAUUUGGAAGAAUUAAAAAAAGAUGUACAAACAGUUAAUCCUCUUCUCGUGGCUCAACAUAAAACUUUUCUCGAGAAUGCACAAGACCUUGGAAUUUUAAAGAAGAGACCAUUACCUAGUUCCAUGGAUGAUAAGUCAUAGAAAUAUAUAUACAUAUAUAUUUUUUCCAGUGGGAUACUUAAUCUUACUAUUGUGGAUGACAGACAUGGUGAUUUUUUUUCCUUCUUUUCGAUAAAUCAUAUUAUCGUUGUAUAUUCAAUUGCGCGCGUUGAUAACGAACAAAAUUAUCAUAUUCCCUUUAACGAGAACAAAGUCUAUAACACUUUUAUUAUGUAUAUUUAAAAAAGUCACGUUAACUCUUUCUCUCUCUCAUUUUUUUUCUCUCAACACUUGACUUUUUUAAUUUUUUUUUAUAAUCUACUGUAUUAUAUUGUAUUUAUUGCAGAAAUUUAAAAAAAUUCAUAAUACUUAAAUAAAAUAAUAUUAAUAGUAAUAAUAAUAAUAAUAAUAGUAAAUUAUUAGCUUUCAUAUAUUAUAAAUUAUAACGUACAUAUAUAUAAUACAAAUAAUAUUAAUGAUAAUGUAUAUUACUUGAUAUUAUUGUAUAUUGAGUUGUUUUCUUCUCAUUCGUGCAACAACAUUUAAAAAUUUAUGUAUAUAUUUUGUAAAUAUAUAUAAGUCACAAAAAGUAUAAUGUUUAAUUACAAAAAGAAAAUAAUAAAAAAAUUUUUUAAAAAUACUAAAACAAAAAAAAAAGUAUUGUACGAUAAAAAAAAUGAAUUCUAUACUUUCAUUGUUCGGUAGAAAAAGAGUAAGAUUGGUCUAUAUAUAUAUAUAGAUAUCGAGAUUGUAGUGAGUGGAUCUAUGAAGAUAUGGGACAUUGCAAUAUAUCCUAUUAAUUAUUAUUAGAUUUAAUUAGGAAAGCUUUAUGAAUUUUUUUAUAAUUAAGUAUUUGGAAGGAAUAAUUAAUUUAAUGACAAAAAUAAAGUAAAAUAAUAAUAAGGAGCGUUUACAUAAUGAUGCGACGCUUCGUUCAAGAAGAUCAUUAUAUACUUAUACUACUUUUGUAGUAUAUAUAUAUAUAGGCUGAGGACAUAGAGACUUAUUUAGAUGUGUAUAGUGAUUUAAAAUAAAUGGUGA